AUGUCGUUCAUCGUCGCAUAUCGAAGACCAAAAGCCAAGCUAGCCCGAGCUCCGAGCGUGUCGAAGCAACCCAACGAGCGUCCGACUCUGGCUUCGAGCAAUACGCACAGGGGACUACUAGCAUAUGAAGACCUCCCUCAUUGGUAUCGAGACAACCACUUCAUGAGGUCGGGUUACCGCCCGGUUUCGAACUCAUGGCGUAUAUGUGCCUACUCUCUGGGCCACCUUCAUAACGAGACCGUCAACAUCUAUACACAUCUUAUUCCGGGUUUCCUUUUCGUUCUCGGCCAAGCUUUGACCUAUUUUGGAAUCAACCAUCUCUACCCCGAAGCCUCGCUUAUGGAUCAUAUCGUUUUCGGCUCUAACAUCGCGACGGCUGCAAUCACGAUGGUCCUCUCUGCUGCUUAUCAUACGCUUAUGAACCACUCAAUGCACAUGUCCGCCCUGAUGCUCAGAGUGGACUACGUCGGUAUCUUGACAUUGAUACUCGGGUCUUUCUUCUCUGGUAUCUACGUCGGGUUCCGAUGCGAACCUGCAAUAUGUUGGACGUACUGGACAAUGAUCAUUACGCUCAGCAUUAUCACGUCGGUUCUGGUCUUGCAUCCGCAACUGCAGGGCUUAGAGUACCGAAGUCAUCGUUCCUGGGCAUUCAUCCUGACGGCACUUUCGGGAUUUGCUCCAAUCAUCCACGGCCUCCUUCUUUACGGCUGGAAUGAAAUGCUGAUAAGGUCCGGCAUGCAAUACUACCUGCUGGAGGGCCUUGUCUAUGGCAUCGGUGCCUUCUUCUUCUUGACUCGAAUACCAGAAUCGAUUUGGCCGGGCUCUUUCGACAUAUGGUUCUCAUCGCACCAAAUAUUCCACAUUCUCGUUGUCUUUGCAAGUCAGGUCCAUCUCUAUGGUGUCUGGGUCGCUUUUGACUGGAACUAUCAGAAUCUUAAGAGUUGUCCUGUGCUGGAUACGUGA